AUGAAGACCACCAUCACCACUCUGGCAGCAUUUGCCUCAAUCGCCUCCGCCCAUUUCACCCUCGAAUUCCCCACAGUCCGUGGAUUCGACGAAGACAAACUCACCCAAUUCCCAUGUGGUUCAUUUGACACCGCCGGCGUCAAAGGCCGCACGCCAUUCCCAAUGACUGGCGGAGAAAUAGCUCUAACCAUGGGCCACGACCAAAGCCAGAUCGAAGUCCUCAUCGCCAUCGGCAACGACCCAGGCUCCGCAUUCAACACCGUAAUCAAAAGCCCCAUCUCCCAAACCGGUCUGGGCGCCUUCUGCAUGACGGGCAUCUCCAUCCCCUCGACCCUAAACGUGACCGAGGGCCAGAACGCCACCAUCCAAGUCCUCACCAACGGCGAUCCAACCGGCGGUCUCUACAACUGCGCCGACAUCACCUUCUCCUCGACCGCGACGAUGCCGAGCACGAGCGUCUGCAGGAAUAACACCGGUGUCACGGCGGUAGCCGCGAGCGCGGAUACGCAUCCUAAUGGCACGGCGACGGGAACGACUACGGGGGAUGCGUCGGCGACGAGUGCGAGUUCAGGCGCGAGUGCUACUGCGACGAAGAAUGCUGCUGUGAGGAAUUUGGGUGCGGAAGUUGGGGGGUUGGUGUUGGCGGGUGCGGCUGCUUUGGCUAUUGUUUUGUAA